AUGUUGACUAGGCUGUUCAGUGACCCGUCGCUGCUUCCCGACAUGCAUAAGUAUUCGGCCUGGGCAGAGGACAGCGAGAGCGAGGACUCGAAGACCAAGGAUGAUGAAGAUCACUGCCGCGUGGGCGAUGACGACAUGGAUGUCCCGGACCUGAGAAGCAGCCGGGCACAUUCUGAGAUCGGCGGUGAAGACGAGGACGACGACGAGGCGGAUGAGGACGAAGGAGAGGACGGUGCAGAGGGGGACGGGCCCAAAAAACGGGGCCCUAAGAAGCGUAAAAUGACACCUGCGCGUAUCGAGCGCUCCAAGUUGCGUCGUCAGAAGGCAAACUCGCGGGAGAGGACGCGCAUGCACGAUCUGAACUCUGCGCUCGACAAUCUGCGUAAAGUCGUGCCCUGUUACUCCAAAACGCAAAAGCUCUCCAAAAUCGAGACUCUCCGUUUGGCCAAGAACUAUAUCUGGGCCCUCUCUGAGAUCCUGCGCUCCGGGAAGAAGCCUGAUCUUGUGUCCUACGUGCAGACGCUGUGUAAAGGACUGUCCCAACCCACGACCAACCUGGUUGCGGGUUGUCUGCAGCUCAACUCCCGAAACUUCCUAACGGAGCAGUGUCCGGAGGGGGGACGCUAUCCCGGCUCCAACUCCUUCUCCAUGCAUCCUUACCCCUACCAGUGCUCCCGCCUCUCCAGCCCUCAGUAUCAGUCUGGUUCCAACUCGCAUCCCUUACGGACACAAGGGUACUGCUCAGCCUACGAUUCACUGUACGGUGGCAGUGGAUCUCCAGAAUACAACAGCCCAGAGUAUGAGGGGCCCAUCUCCCCUCCCGUGUGCAUCAAUGGCAACUUUUCUCUGAAGCACCAGGGCACUACGUCCCCCGAGGUAGCCGAGAAAAGCUAUCAUUACUCUAUGCAUUACUCCGGCCUGGCCGGCUCUCGCCCCACUGCUGGCCACAUAUACGGUUCUUCAGGUGUGCGGAGCAGCAUCCACUCUGAAAACGUAUCGCCUUACCACGACAUGCACCUGCACCACGAAAGGGCCCCGGUCCCCGUAUACGAUGAACUCAAUGCGUUUUUCCACAACUGA